AUACCUCACGUAGGUUAUGUUGCUGAGAGGCGAAUUUAGCUGCAGUUUAACACCUUGGAAUUUCUUGGCCAACAAGUGAUAAAAAUUUUGAGCAUCUUGCUUUGUCUCGUCUUGUUUAUUUUUUUCAACUGCUCCUAAAAGUCAACCGUUCCCAUACUUCCCACUCUACUACGUCUUAAGAUAUUGCGUAGAAAAACUCGAACCUUUGUUAAGCAUUACUUUCAUACCUCACUGUCUAUCAUGGCAGAAAAGGAUGGUAAUUUCUCUGGAAAUCCUGUCUCAGGACAGUCCAAUAAGCCCCUAUCCCGACCGGCUCAUGCGUUGACUUGCGAGCAACUCAUUCUUGAAUUGAGCUCUGAUAGUGUUCAUGGCUUGUCAAGCAAUGUAGCAAAGCAACGACUAGAAGAACUCGGGAGGAAUGAGUUGGGUGAUUCUGAAGGUGUUUCCGCAUGGAAAAUUAUUGUAGCGCAGAUUGCAAACGCGAUGACUAUGGUGCUUAUACUGGCAAUGGCUGUUAGUUAUGGUAUUAAGUCUUAUAUUGAAGGCGCUGUUAUUACUGCUGUCAUUCUCCUUAAUGUCAUUGUUGGGUUCUUCCAAGAGUAUUCUGCUGAAAAGACAAUGGACUCUCUUCGUUCUCUCAGCUCGCCCACAGCCAACGUCGUACGCGAUGGGGAUACUAAGAUUGUCCCUACUCCUGAAGUUGUUGUGGGUGAUCUAGUUGAAAUCAAGACUGGUGAUACUAUACCAGCUGAUCUCCGGAUUAUCGAGGCUGUCAACUUCGAAACUGACGAAGCACUCUUAACUGGAGAGUCGUUGCCAGUUCGCAAGGACGAAAAUUCCACAUUUGAUGAUGACACAGGACCUGGAGACCGACUGAAUGUCGCGUUUAGCUCUUCAACGGUGACAAAGGGCCGAGCCAAAGGCAUAGUCUUUGCUACGGGCACUUACACUGAGAUUGGUGCUAUUGCUGCGGCGAUUCGACAGAAGGACUCCAAGAUCCGUCCCGUCAAACGAAAUGCUGACGGUUCCGCAAAACCUCACCGUUACUUAGAGGCCUAUACCUUGACUCUCACAGACGCCAUCGGCCGCUUCCUAGGGGUUAAUGUAGGAACACCACUCCAACAGAAAUUAUCCAAGUUGGCAAUCCUCCUUUUCGGCAUCGCUAUCGUGUGCGCUAUCAUUGUCCUUGCGGCUAACAAAUUCGUGCCCCAACAAGAAGUCAUCAUCUAUGCGGUUGCUACUGGCUUGUCGAUGAUCCCCGCCUCUCUGGUCGUCGUUCUAACCAUUACCAUGGCCGCCGGAACAAAGCGUAUGGUGGAGCGAAACGUCAUAGUACGAAAUCUCAAGUCUUUGGAAGCCCUGGGAGCGGUCACCGAUAUUUGCUCUGACAAAACCGGAACUUUGACUCAAGGCAAGAUGGUAGCGAGACGAGCAUGGAUUCCCGCUAUCGGUACUUAUACCGUUGAAACGUCUUCGGAGCCCUUUAAUCCUACGACUGGUACGAUAUCGCUCAAUACGCAUCAGCCAUGGCAAAUCGACUUUGAAAAGGACGGACGCGAGACUAGCAUGGCCGAACACCCUUAUCAAUUCCUGGAGAAUAGCAAGCAAGCAUUGCCCGACUUUUUACGUGUUGCUUCGCUCGCCAAUCUAGCCACCGUCUCCCCGAGAGAUGGCGUAUGGACCGCACGGGGUGACCCGACCGAGAUAGCAAUCCAGGUUUUCGCUUCGCGCUUCGACUGGAACCGGCUCAAGCUUACGCAGGGCGAAAAUGCGGAAUGGAGCCAGGUCGCCGAGCUGCCCUUCGACUCCGACAUCAAGCGCAUGUCCGUCGUGUUCCGGAACAUCCCCACGGGGCAGCUCUUCGCGCUUACCAAGGGGGCCGUCGAGCGGGUCGUCGCCAUCUGCACGAGGUACUGCAAGGAGGACGACGGCGGCGAGACUACGGUCGAGAUCGACGAGGAAUUCCGCGCCAACGUCCUCAAGAACAUGGAAGCCCUCGCCAGCACGGGGCUGCGCGUCCUCGCGCUCGCGAGCAAGUCCUUCAAGGACCACCUCGAGAAGGGCGACGAGGUCGACCGCGCCGACGUCGAGUCCAACCUCGUGUUCCGCGGCUUGAUCGGCCUAUACGACCCCCCGCGCCCCGAGUCCGCCACCGCCGUCCGCAGCUGCCACGAGGCGGGCAUCUCCGUGCACAUGCUGACCGGAGACCACCCCGAGACGGCAAAGGCCAUCGCACUCGAGGUCGGCAUACUGCCCAGCCGUAUGGAGCGCGUUAGAGCAGACGUCGCACACGCCAUGGUCAUGACGGCUAGCCAAUUUGACUCAUUGACGGAUGAUCAAGUCGAUAGUCUUCCCGUUCUGCCGUUGGUUAUCGCACGGUGCGCACCGAACACUAAAGUCCGUAUGAUCGAGGCGUUGCACAGACGCAAGAAGUUCUGCGCAAUGACCGGCGACGGCGUAAACGACUCCCCCUCGCUGCGCCGAGCAGACGUCGGCAUCGCAAUGGGUCUGGCGGGCAGCGAUGUAGCGAAGGAAGCCUCGGACGUCGUUCUCUCGGACGACAACUUCGCGAGCAUCGUAGCCGCGAUCGAGGAAGGCCGGCGCAUCUUCGACAACAUCCAGAAGUUCGUGCUGCACGUGCUGGCGGAGAACAUCGCGCAGGCGGGCACCCUGCUCGCGGGGCUCGCGUUCAAGGACGAGCGCGGCCUCUCCGUGUUCCCGCUCGCCCCCGUCGAGAUCGUCUGGAUCAUCAUGGUCACCUCCGGCAUGCCCGACAUGGGGCUCGGCUUCGAGCGCGCGGUGAAGGACAUCAUGACGCGGCCCCCGCAGAGCCUGCAGACGGGCAUUUUCGAUGCCGAGUUCUUGGUCGACAUGCUCGUGUACGGCCUGUGGAUCGCCGCGCUGUGCCUCGCGAGCUUCGUGUUGGUUGUGUACCGCUUUGGCGGCGGGUCCCUGGGCAGCGGGUGUAACGAGGAAUAUGGCGAUGGCUGCGACGCGGUGUACCGCGCUCGCGCGACGACGUUCGCGUGUCUUACCUGGUUUGCGCUGUUCCUCGCUUGGGAGAUGGUCGAUCGUCGACGGUCUUUCUUCUCGAUCCGGUCCGAGUCCGAAUCCGAGUCCCAGUCUGACAGCCCCAACAAACCUAUCGCUAUCAUCGUAAGGUGGGCGCGGGACAUCAGCCGAAACCGGUUCCUGUUCUGGGCGAUCGUGAUCGGGUUCGCGACGCUCUUCCCCACGCUGUACAUCCCGGGGCUGAACACGGUGGUCUUCAAGCACGUCGGCAUCUCGUGGGAGUGGGCCGUCGUGUUCGUCGGCUCGGGCCUGUUCUUCGCCGGCGUCGAGAGCUGGAAGUGGGCCAAGCGCGUGUACUUCCGGCGCGUGGCUUUCUCCAAGAGGGGCCCCGCGAUGGCCUGGAGGGACAUGGACGUCGAGCAGCGCGCGUUCGCGGAGUACCUCGAUUUCUCGCCGGGCAGCAGCGGUGAUGAUGAUGACCAUAACAAUAAUAGUAGCAAUAAUAUUAGUAGUAAUGGUCAGGGGGUCGAAGGUCAGCUUACGGGUGUUGAGGGACGCCAAUGACUAGGAAGGGGUGGGAAACCCCGAAGUAUACAGAAUGGGAGGGCGAGGUUGAUGGUGGUGGUGAGGUGGCGUGGAGUGGGAGAAGAUGGAG